CAUCUGGCAAUACCAAUAUUUUGCGCUGCUGAUAAUUUGCGAAUUGCGAUCAUCUCGUGAAAUAAUUUUGAAAUAUCAAAUGAAUUUUCGUGCGUGUUUGUGCAUUGUACGUUUGUUAUUAGUUUAGAUUUAUCGAAAAAUAAUAUUGUUGUGUAACUACCAAGUUAAAUUGUGCGAUUAUGUGUUGCCGGACCAUGACAUGAGUGAACAAGAAUUGUUUUAAAAUUGUUUGAAAAAGUUCACGUCCACGAUGGUGUUUGAGUCUAUUGUGGUGGAUGUGCUGAAUAGGUUUCUGGGGGACUAUGUGGAGAACUUGAACCGGUCUCAGCUGAAACUUGGCAUAUGGGGAGGCGACGUCGUGUUGGAAAACUUGAUAUUGAAACAAAAUGCCCUGGAAGAGCUCAAUAUUCCAGUGCAAACAGUCUAUGGACAUUUAGGCAAACUAGUACUUAAAAUACCAUGGAAGAAUCUUUAUGGGGCGUCGGUGGAGGCGACAGUGGACCGGUUGUUUCUGAUCGUCAACCCUACGGCUGAGAUCAAGUAUGACCCUGAGAAGGAAGAAAAGAUGGCGCUGGCCUCCAAGCAAGCUGAGCUUGCUAGGGUCGAGGAGGCAAAGAAGAUGGAGGCUACAAAAGACGACAACAAACUUGAUGAAACCUUCGUCGAGAAGUUAGUGACACAAAUCAUUAAAAAUGUGCAACUCAAGAUUACUGACAUACACAUACGCUAUGAGGAUAGCAUAACAAAUCCGAAGGCGCCUUUCUCCUUUGGGAUAACGUUGCACAAUCUGUCCGUCCAUACAACCGAUGAAAAUUGGAAGCAAACGAUCAUACAAGAAGCUGUUACUAAGAUCUUCAAGGUAUUGAAUUUGGAAGGGCUCGCCAUAUACUGGAAUCCCGCGACGGAAUUGUAUUCAAGAUCAACCCCACAAGAUAUCAAAACUCGUCUUGAGACGGAGAUAGCUACGAAGACAUCACAGCCUUCUUUCUAUAAAUAUGCAUUGGGCCCAAUAAAUGCCACUGCAAAACUACAACUAAAUCCCAAACCUGAGGGCGAUACUCCAAAGUUUAGCAUACCCAAAGUUAUUUUAAGUUUACACAUGGAACAGCUAUCGGUCAGCUUGACCAAAAGUCAAUACCAAGAUAUGAUGCUAUUAGCUGACUCUAUGGACAGAAUGAGCAAAGGCGUGCCAUACAGAAAAUACCGUCCAGACCUGAAGAGCUACAAAGGCCACUACAAGGAAUGGUGGAAGUUCGCUUACACCUGCAUCCUAGAAGAGGAAGUCCGCCGUCGUAGUCGCAACUGGGAUUGGACUCACAUGCUAUCCCAUAGGAACUUAUGCAAGAGCUAUGCUACUGCGUACCAAACGAAAUUGAGCAGCAAAGGGAAGGUGGCUGCGGACCAACAGAUAGUCCUGGAUAAGGCUGAGAAGACCCUGGACUUGUUGAACUUGGUCGUCAUUCGGCAGAGGAUAGAGAUGGAGGUGGAAAGGUUAGGAAAAUUGGAAGAGGAGGCGAAGAAAUCUCGAGGUUGGUUCAGUGGAUGGUGGGGAGGCGGGUCCAAGGAGGAGGAGCUUGAAGAAGGCACUGCCAUAAUGAAGCAGUUCGAGAAAGCGAUGACGUCAGAAGAGAAAGAAAAGCUCUUCCGUGCCAUUGACUACCAGGAGAACUCGGCGCCACUCCAUCUACCCACGGAAUAUGUGGCUCUUGAGACACAUUUCCGCCUCGACCGAUUACAAGUGGCUGUCAAUGACAUCUCCGAAGUCUUGAAGGCGUGUGUAGACAAUGUCGUGGUGGAUAUGAAGCAGCGGCCCAGUGCUAAUGCCUUGAGGUAA